AUGGCGGAUGUGGAGAUGAAAGAAGCUUCUGCUGGCGCUUCAGCCAAGGUGAAGGGGGCGAGUAAGGCCUCCGAGGGUGCUAGCGAUGGCAAGAAGAAAUUCGAAGUUAAGAAAUGGAAUGCGGUGGCUUUGUGGGCAUGGGAUAUUGUUGUCGAUAACUGUGCCAUUUGCCGUAAUCAUAUUAUGGAUCUAUGCAUCGAGUGUCAAGCAAACCAAGGGUCAUCUACAACCGAAGAGUGUACGGUUGCCUGGGGAAUCUGCAACCAUGCGUUCCAUUUCCACUGCAUAUCCCGCUGGCUGAAAACUCGCCAGGUCUGCCCCUUGGAUAAUCGGGACUGGGAAUUCCAGAAGUAUGGCCGGUAA